CCAUGGCUGAGUGGUAGUUUCUGAGUAGCUGGGAGAUCCUCAGAAAAAUUACAGAAAAGAAAGUAACUUGUCAGUCUCUUAGGAUAUAUUUGGUUCAGUGUCGUCAGAAGGUAGUCUGUCCUCUCCCUGGAAUCAAGUUGCAAACACUAUCCUCAAUAGUAAUUAGAGCUAAGCGGCAAUUACAGGACGUAUGAUUUGUUCAGAUGCACUGCCUGUCGCCUGUUUCCUAGCACCACAUUUCACAGGAGCACCAGGUUGAAAUGAUGGAAUUAUUUUUCUCUCAAUGUAAUACCUCGUAGAGUGCUCGAAUGCAGAAGUGAACGUGGAUUGUAAUCUUAAAAACGAAGGCAGUACAUGCCACACUACUACCCUUCCUGCUCUUGUGCGCACGCCUACCCUGAUGAUGCAGCCUUCACUGGACAUCAAACCAUUUAUGUCUUUUCCAGUGGACGGUAGUUCUGCUGUUGGGCUCUUUCCAAAUUUUAACACAAAAAGAAGAGGCUUAUUUGGGACCAAUAAAUUCUGCCAGAUGGAUCCUGUGCAAAAAGCAGUCAUUAACCACACAUUUGGAGUGUCCAUUCCCCCAAAGAAGAAACAAGUUAUUUCUUGUAAUGUCUGUCAGCUUCGCUUUAACUCGGAUAGCCAGGCCGAGGCCCACUACAAAGGAAGUAAACAUGCCAAGAAGGUCAAAGCACUAGAGGCAACGAAAAAUAAGCCCAAAAUGGUUUCUUCCAAGGACAGCGCAAAGGCUAAUCCCAGCUGCUCCAUCACUCCAAUCACAGGCAACAACUCUGACAAAUCAGAAGAUAAAGGGAAGUUAAAAGUCAGCAUUUCCAGUCCAGCAACAAGCUCUGAAGGUGGCUCCUUUCUCCUCAGAACUGGCACGACACCCCUGCCACCUGGAGCAGCCACUUCUCCCUCCAAGAGCACAAAUGGAGCUUCUGGUAGUGUUUCUGAAUCAGAAGAAGAAAAAGCCAAAAAACUACUUUAUUGUUCACUAUGCAAAGUGGCUGUGAACUCCCUGUCACAGCUAGAGGCACACAACACAGGAUCUAAACAUAAGACCAUGGUUGAAGCUCGCAAUGGGGCUGGUCCAAUUAAGUCCUAUCCUAGACCUGGAUCAAGAUUAAAGAUGCAAAAUGGCAGUAAGGGGUCAGGACUACAGAACAAGACAUUUCAUUGUGAAAUCUGUGAUGUUCACGUUAAUUCAGAAAUUCAACUCAAACAGCACAUUUCUAGCCGAAGGCAUAAGGAUCGAGUUGCAGGAAAACCACUGAAGCCGAAGUACAGCCCUUACAACAAACUCCAGCGGAGCCCAAGCAUUUUAGCAGCAAAACUUGCAUUCCAGAAAGACAUGAUGAAGCCUUUGGCCCCGGCCUUCCUGUCCUCGCCCCUGGCGGCGGCGGCGGCGGUGUCCACCGCGCUGUCCCUGCCGCCCCGGCCGUCGGCCUCGCUCUUCCAAGCUCCGGCCAUACCUCCAGCUCUCCUGCGGCCGGGCCACGGCCCCAUCCGCGCCACCCCUGCCUCCAUCCUCUUCGCUCCCUACUAAUGUCUGCCAGCCCCAGACGGUUGAGGCCAGUAGGAAAGUGGAGAAGGAAAGCCAAAAGGAUUCAGCACUUUGAGCAUUUGGGGUCACAGCGUCCCCACCCGCCCGGCCACAAAGUGCGGAGCGCCGCCCCAGCCCCCGACUCCAAAGAGUUAUCCCUCACGAGACUGGAGAGUGCUUUCAGGGGCGCCUCCUGUCAUUUCUGAAUCUGAGCAGCCCAGGCUUUAUCUCCCUGUUUCCCUCCCCCUGCCCUACCCUACCCCAUUCAAUAUGUGUAGCUGAGGUAUUUGGUUUCUUGCAAAUGUAUUGGUCAGAAAAAAUAUAUAUACAUAUAUAUCAUUCUCUGACUUAUUUUUCCAUGGGUGUGAUCUGGCUUAGAAACAAUAUGGAAUCUUUUCCUGACAGACUUGAAAACUAGGGUCUUCCUCACAACGUCUGUAAAUAAUCCUGGAAUCCAACUGGGCACAUUCUAGUGUGGAACAAAAAUAGAUGAACACAAGUGCUUACUUGUGAACCCCAUCUUACCGACGGAUCGCAGCGUUUUCUUUUCCGUGUACUAUUGUUGACAGGGAUUGUGUACUGUUUUAGACCCAAGUGCUGUUGUAUCCUGUGUAGUACUAGACCUGUAUCUCUUGUCUGAAUUAAACAUUUUUAGUUGCUGUGUAAAUGUUAGGAAGCCAAGUAGCUUUGAAUUUUCUCUUUAAGAGAACAAAAGAUAAAGUAAUGUAUUUUCUUUAUUUUACAUUUUAUUUGAUGAUAUUUAAACGAAAUAGAAAGCCAUAUAACAUAGCUCUAAUUACUACCUGUCUGCUAUUUUUGUUUAACUUAUUUCGUAGCUUUCUCACCAUUUGGAGUUGCUAAGCAAAUGUAUACAAACAGAAAAAGAGCUUCCUAAAUUGCACAUUUUUGCACCUCUUGUGCAUUCUGCAAGAAGACAAUGAAUCCAUGUAUUUCUAUGUAAUGAUCUUCAUUUUUAACCUGUUUUCAUUUGUAAUGAUGCUACAUAAAUUUGUGGCUCCCUAAUGCAAUAAUGUACAGAAGAUAAAAAAUUUAUAAUUGAACAGUUUGUCUUUCUGUUCACUGAAUAUGUUGCAGGUCGUGCUCCCAUGCCCCCCUUUCUAAGCUGAUAUCAACAAGACUGGAAUGUUUGUGAUAUCAGGGGCAAGAGGUAUCAUAAAACAGCAAAAUAGAAUGAACUCUUUUAGAGCAUCUAUAUCUGCAAUCUGUAAAUGGUAAAAUGUCUGUGUAUUUUUUUAAAUGUACCUUUUCAAUAAAAGUACAAAAAAUAAAAA